ACGUUAGAAAUCAACAGUUCUCAUUGUUUCAUGAUGUCUCAGUGUGCUGCUGCUAUGGACGUCGGUGUUGGUUACUUCUCUGAUCCUGAUGGCCUCGAAGGCCUUGCUCACUUUCUCGAGCACAUGCUGUUCUAUGCUAGUGAGAAAUAUCCUUUGGAGGAUAGUUACUCAAAGUACAUUUCAGAGCACGGAGGCAGUAGAAAUGCCUUCACAGAUUCUGAGAAUACCAACUUUUAUUUUGAUGUUAAUACUGAUAGUUUUGAAGAAGCCUUGGACAGAUUUGCACAGUUCUUCAUUAAACCGUUGAUGUCAGCCGAUGCAACCAUGAGGGAAAUCAAAGCAGUUGAUUCUGAGAACAAGAAGAACUUGCUUACUGAUUAUUGGAGAAUGAGCCAGCUUCAAAGUCACAUCAGUAUGGAAAGCCAUCCUUAUCAUAAGUUUGGUACAGGGAAUUGGGAUACUUUGGAGGUUAGACCAAAGGCAAAAGGAGUGGAUACAAGACAAGAGUUGCUCAAAUUCUAUGAAGAAAAUUACUCUGCCAACCUUAUGCAUCUAGUUGUGUACUCAAAAGAAAGUCUUGAUAAAAUACAGAGCCUGGUAGAGGAUAAGUUCCAGGAAAUUAGGAACUCUGGUAGAAGCUUCCCGAGUUUUCCUGGUCAGCCUUGUUCAUCAGAACAUUUACAGAUUCUUGUUAGAGCAGUUCCAAUAAAAGAAGGGAACAAAUUGACAAUUGUAUGGCCAAUAACUCCAGAAAUUCGUUAUUACAAAGAAGGGCCAUGCAGGUAUCUUGGUCAUCUUAUUCGCCAUAGAGGAGAAGGGUCUCUGUUUUACAUCCUGAAAACAUUGGGAUGGGCUACAGGAUUGUUUGCUGGUGAAGGAGAUUGGACUUUGGAGUUUUCUUUUUUCAGAGUAGUAAUUGAUCUUACAGAUGCUGGUCAAGAUCACAUGCAGGAUAUAGUAGGAUUGCUAUUUAAAUACAUUCAACUUUUACAACAAUCUGGUGUUUGCAAAUGGAUAUUUGAUGAGCUUUUAGCUGUCUGUGAGACUGGCUUUCACUACCAGGACAAAGUCCAUCCUAUUUCUUAUGUUAUAAACAUUGCAUCAAAGAUGCGGAUGUAUCCUCCUAAAGACUGGCUUGUGAGAUCAUCAAUGCCUUCUAAUUUCAAUCAAGGCGUCAUACAGAUGGUACUUAAUGAGCUUUCCCCAGAUAAAGUCCGAAUCUUCUGGGAGUCAAAGAAAUUUGAAGGGCUUACUGACAUGGUGGAACCAUGGUAUGGCACUGCAUAUUCUAUUGAGAAAGUCACUACAUCCAUGAUUCAGGAGUGGAUGUCAAUGGCUCCUAAUGAGAAUCUGCACCUACCAGCAUCUAAUAUCUUCAUCCCAAGAGAUUUGUCACUUAAAGAUCAGGAAGAAAAGAUCAAGUAUCCAGUUUUACUUAGGAAGUCAUCCUAUUCAAGAGUAUGGUACAAGCCUGAUACUAUGUUCUCCUCUCCUAAGGCAUAUGUUAAGAUAGACUUCAACUGCCCCUAUGCUAGCCAUUCCCCUGAAGCUAAAAUUAUCACAUCAAUUUUUGCACGGUUGGUGAUGGAUUACUUGAAUGAAUAUGCUUACUAUGCCGGGGUUGCUGGCCUUCAUCACUACAUAAACAGGACUGAUGGUGGUUUUGAGGUGACAGUGGUUGGUUAUAAUCACAAACUACGGAUCCUAUUGGAUACUGUUGUUGAUAAAAUUGCAAAAUUUGAAGUAAAACCUGACAGGUUUUCCAUAAUCAAGGAACGGCUAACACAAGACUAUCAAAAUCUGAAGUUUCAGCAACCUUAUCAGCAGGCUAUGCACUAUUGCUCAUUAUUAUUGGAGGACCGCUCAUGGCCUUGGAUGGAAGAACUUGAAGUCUUACCAAAUAUUAAAGCUGAAGACCUUGCCAAAUUUGCUCCCAUGAUGCUCUCAAGGGCCUUCCUUGAAUGCUACAUAGCAGGUAACAUUGAAUGCGCUGAGGCUAAGUCAAUGAUAGAGCAUGUUGAAGAUAUUUUCUUUAAGGGCUCAAACCCUAUAUGUCAACCAUUAUUUCCAUCCCAGCAUCUCACAAACAGAGUUGUAAAACUUGAAAGAGACAUGAAUUACUUCUACUCCAAGGAAGGACUAAAUCCAAGUGAUGAGAAUUCUGCCCUUCUCCACUAUAUUCAGGUUCAUAGAGAUGAUUUUAUGUUGAAUGUGAAACUUCAGCUUUUUGCCCUUAUUGCUAAGCAACCAACCUUCCAUCAGCUUAGAUCUGUUGAGCAACUUGGGUACAUUACUGUUCUCAGGCAGAGGAAUGAUUGGGGAAUCCGUGGAUUGCAGUUUAUUAUCCAGUCCACUGUGAAGGGCCCAGAGCAUAUUGAUUUGAGAGUUCAGGCAUUUCUUCAGAUGUUUGAGACCCAACUUUACAAGAUGACCCAGGAUGAAUUCAAGAGUAAUGUAAAUGCAUUGAUUGAUAUGAAGCUUGAGAAGCACAAGAAUCUAUGGGAAGAAUCUAGCUUUUACUGGGGAGAAAUUGCCUAUGGAACCCUAAAAUUUGAUCGGAUAGAAGCUGAGGUUGCAGCACUAAGGCAACUUACACAACCAGAACUGAUUGACUUCUUCAACGAGUAUAUAAAAGUCGGUGCACCGCAGAAGAGGACGCUGAGCAUACGUGUGGUUGGGAAGGAACAUUUAGCAGAGUAUAAAGCCACGAAAAGUGAAGUGGCUCAACCGGGCGAAAUUGAUGACAUAUUUAGUUUCAAAAAAUCAUUACCUCUUUAUGGUUCAUUCAGAGGAGGCGCCGGUCAUAUAAAAUUGUAGCUUCGCAGAAGUUGGAGGAAUCAGUGUUGGAGCUUCAGCUCUUGAAAUGGAGAUACAAACUCAAACAAGCUUUGGUCACUGACAAAGCCCAAUGUUCGGUAGUAAUCUGCAUGGCACCCAAGCCGUGUCAAUGAAGUUGUAACUUUUUAUAUAUAUAUAUAUAUAUAUAUAUAUAUUCUAAUUUCUUUCUAGGACUGAAAAUGAAACAAAAUCAUACACAUAUGAAAGAAAUUUGCUUCUGCUUUGAGUACUUCAAUAAAAUGAAAGCAGAAAAGCAUGCUAAGUGAUGUGAAGAAACCCAGUAGUUGUGUUUGGUUUGUAAAAUGGUGGAGAAACUACUUGUGACUCUGUGCAAGUGCUAUUAUCAAAGCGUGCUUUUUUCUACCUUAUUUAUUUAUUUUUAAUAAAUAACUUUUUUAUAC